AUGCCCACAGCCGUGCCACUUCUCGAAACGAAGAUAUUCCCCGGUGACUUAACCGAAACCAUAGGGAUCACUGCCUCGUCCGCCCCCGGCAUCUGGCCACCUACUAAGGCACUCUCCUGUAAUCUUUCUGAAUUCCAGGGUUCUAUCAUCUGUAAGAGCUAUUGCGUACCCAAUGUUUUUAUUUGCGUUAUUAGCGUUGAAUCUAUUCGGUGGUUGUUGGCACUAAUAAAACUUCCAAUAUCCGCCCUCUUUCUUUUUUGA